AUGCGCCGUGGGCGUGGGCGUGGGCGAGGUUCCCAGAGGAAAUUCGGCCGCAGAGGCCCCGAUGAGAUCUUUGAGCAUCUCCAGGCUGUCUUCCACGAUCCGAACCGCAGACAGAAUGCGAGACGCCAAUUCGCGAACUUGCGUAUGAAGACGUACCAGAAAUACAACGAUUUCCUCGCGGAAUUCAUGAGACUGGCAGGUGAAGCAGGUGUUAACCCAGGAGACUACAAAGAUGAAAUGUACGACAAGAUUACCUCUUCCCUUAGGAACCUCGUCAUUGGUCAGUACUACCAGACCGAGAAUUUCAAUAAUCUUAGGGACGCCUGUCAUCAAGCCGCAUACGCCCUCCAAGUCAGCGAUGAAACCGGUCGCAAAACCAUCUUGCAAAUAGCCGAGCGUGAUAAGAUCCGCCGGUCAUUCAAGGCUGCAUGGGAGUGA